AUGCUGUGCUGGGUGAGUACAAGCACUGCUGUCUGCGACACAUGGCCGCUGCAGGUCGGCAGUGACGCUCAGCCUCAGAAAAACAUCCGAAAUAUUGGCAUUAUUGCUCACGUCGAUGCGGGCAAAACUACGACGACGGAACGCAUGCUUUUCUACAGUGGCGUCACUUCCCGCGUCGGGGAUGUCGAUUCCGGAAACACAGUCACCGACUUUCUCGACCUCGAACGCGAGCGCGGCAUCACCAUUCAAUCGGCCGCCAUCACCUUUCCGUGGCCGCGCAAGGAAAAUUGCCCCACGGGUACCAAUCCCAAGACAGUCAACCUGAUCGACACGCCCGGUCAUCAAGAUUUUCGAUUCGAGGUCGAUCGCUGCUUGCCGAUUCUGGACGGCGCCGUCUGUAUCAUUGACUCGGUCAAAGGUGUCGAGGCGCAUACGGAGCGUGUAUGGGGGUCCGCCCACGAGUUCCGCAUCCCGCGUAUCGUCUAUUGCAACAAACUGGAUCGGGAAGGUGCCUCUUUUCGCAAGUCUGUGCUUGAAAUCGGCAGCCGUCUCAAGGGAUGGCCACUUGUGUGCCAAAUCCCCUGGUGGGAGAAUGACGAGUUUGUUGGCGUCAUCGACAUUAUUGAUCUCAUUGGCUACCGAUACAACGACAAAAAGACAGUCAGAUAUGAGAAAGAGGAGCUGAUGAGCAAGCUUGCAUCAUCAAAUGCCGAUCUUGUCAAAGAAGUAGGCAUUGCCCGCCAACACCUGAUUGAAGGAUUGGCUGAAUUCGACGACGUCAUUAUGGAAGAGUUUCUCGCCGAAAACACAGAUAUCCCCUCGUCAAUAAUAAAGGACGCCGUUCGUCGAACUAUCCAGAGCGGCGAUGGCCGUGCCAUUCCGGUCUUUGCUGGCUCGAGCUUUCGCCACAUUGGAGUCGAGCCUCUGAUGGACGCCAUUGCCAGCUAUCUUCCCAACCCGUCCGACAGACCAGACGUCAGUGUUCGCAUGAGCGGCGCAAACUACAAAUUGAGUGACACCCUGCAAGGCGACUCGAAACAAGCUGGGGCAAAGCAAAUUGCUUCAAUUUCUUCGGUUUUCAAAGUAUUUGAGCAUCCAAAGGAGGGGAUCAUCAGCUUUGUGCGAGUUUAUCACGGCACUCUGGGUCGAAGCGCAGCCACCUUCAAUACCAACAUGGCAGUCAGCGAGAGCCCGAUGGGUAUUCUUCAAAUUUCGGCCGACAAGACACACGAUGUACAGGAGCUAUCAGUCGGUCAAAUUGGUGCCCUUCGAGGAUUAAAAAAGGCGCGAACUGGAGAUACAUUGAUUACAACGACAAACAGCAAACCUCCACAUGCCGCUCUACGUAGCCUGCAGGUUCGGCCGCCAGAGAUCCCCCCACCAGUCGCGUUUUUACAGGUUGAGCCGUACGGCAAUGUGGCUGCACAACAGUUACAGGUGGCACUGGAGAAUGCGUCGCGGCAAGACCCAAGUCUGCGAUGGAGCCGAGACCCCAAGACAGAGCAGUUUACCGUGCAAGGCAUGGGCAAACUUCAUUUGGACGUCUCGCUACACAACAUGAGGCAAAAGCACAAGAUUGAUGCCGAAUUUGGCCCCAUCGAAGUCGACUACAAAGAAAGUGUCAUGGUCCCUGCACAGCCGCAAAGGAUUGUAUUUGACAGACCAGUAGCCAGCAAGGCUGGCAAAGUAACCUGCAUCGUGACUCUAGAGCCGCUGGAAGCUCACCACCGUGAAACGCUACAGGAGUCAUGCAUUGAACGAGAUGGAAACAUGUUUAAUAUUGUGAUACCCGACGAAGGUUCGAUGAACUUUGACAUUGAUGAGGCUCAUCAACAGCUCCUCAACGGCGCCAUUGCCGGCCUCGCUCGCGGACCGCGCCGAGCAGCGCCGCUGCAUGGAUGCUUGGCGACAGUCGAGCUUGACACGACCGACGGCGCGUGCGAGACGCCCACUGGCGGUCAUUUCAGUUCGGCAGCUCGCACGGCUGUGCAGAGCAGCCUGCGCGACUCGUUUGACAAGAGUCAGAUCGGCAUCGUGGAGCCGAUCAUGCUGGCGCACAUCACAUGCCCCGAGCAGGCCGCAGGAACAGUCCAGCACGAUAUCUCCUCGGGCGCCGGAGGGCAGGUGCUCGAGGUGAACGACAGAACUGCCGAGUCAAGCGGCAGUGAGGAGCUCAUUGACGUGAGCAGAAUCUAUGCGCCGCCGGACCCGUACGACUCGGUGACGUCGCUGCGCGGAAAGCGCUCAGCGGCGCGUAUGGUGGAGAUUGUGGCCAAGGUGCCCUACAAGGAAAUGCUGGACUAUGACGAUCAUCUGCGGAGCAAGACGUCGGGCCGGCACUCGAUGACCAUGGCCUUUGACUCCUUUGCGCGUGUAGUAGGACAUCGCGAGAAGGGCCUAUAA